AUGAUACUGGGCUAUAAGGAUACAUUGGAUCAAUUGCCAGGCAUAUUCUUUGGGGUCGCCUACGGUCUUCUUGCUGAUAGUAUCGGACGCAGACCAAUCCUGCUCUUCGGUAUGCUUGGAUUAGCACUGAGUGGAAUGUGGGUAAAAAUAGUUUGCUUGUUUCCUCAGACAAUCCCUAUCAAGUUGGUAUAUUUGUCUUCUCCAAUUCUUAUUUUUGGUGGUGGGGCACAAGUUGCUUCAUCGAUGUUAUAUGUCAUGUUGGCGGACUCAUAUCCUGAGGAAGAAAGGGUUACGUCUUUCUUCUAUUUUUCCUCGGUUGCUCUUGUUGCAGAGAUUGUGGCCACGCCUAUAAGCGGACUGACAAUGACCAAGGACCCCUGGGUGCCAUUUCUGGCUAGUUCAGGUAUGGAAUUGUUGGCAAUCAUUGUGGCUUUACUUUUCGCUCCAGAGACACACCAUUUCGUCAAUAACCCGUCGUUCGCAAUGCCCCGCCCUUCUACUGAUAACAGUGGACCAAUCCCGACGAAAGAACCACCCUUCGUUCGGCUGUGGGCGGACAAAUUAUGGGGUAGCCUGAAGAAGACCAGAGAACUAACUCACUUUGUUUGGAAAAAUUUGAAUAUCACUCUUGUUCUCCUGGUCUUUUUAGCGGCUACUUUGAGUCGCCAAGCUAUGGCACUUUUGCUACAGCUACUAUUCUACUCUCUAUCCGCGCUACUGUCAACCUCGCGGGUGUCCUUGUAA